CACAAAUACACCAGACACUCCUGAACAGGCGGCAGACGAGCUCUCCCUCUCCAUUCACUGCACUGUGGCUGUGCUGUACACUCCAAAAGGGACAAUACUCUUAAAUAGGUCUGAAGGAGCACCGUCUGUUCUGGGAAUAACGUUAUUACAUAGGCUUCAAGUUUACUUCAACCCGGUACUUUCUGUGGUCCACCACUUCAGCCUGACCAUGGUUCUGUGUGAGGACGACGAGUGCAGUGUCUGCCUCUCGCCCUACUCCCGGAUGGACAGGAUCCCCCGGGUACUCCACUGCAGGCACACCUUCUGCGACCUGUGCCUGGAGACUAUGUCGGAGGCCAGGAGCGGGCUGCUCACCGUGGGCUGCCCUUUGUGUCGUCGGGUGACCUGCAUAGGACGCGGCCUCAGCCUGCAGGAGGCUCUGUGGGUCAACAGCAGGCUGUGGGACCAGAUACCAGAGGAGGAGGAGGCCGAGGAGGAGGAGGAAGAUGGACUGAAAGGAGAAGCUGAGGUGGAGAGGAUGGAGACUAAACAACCAACAGAAUGCGUUUCCUCCAGGUCUGCCAGAGCCAAGCUCAAACUGCCUGCGUUCUUCAGAAGGUUCAGUCUGACAAAGCAGAACCAGGAAAGGAUCGUGCCCGGCAGUAAUGUGGAAAUGAAAUCGUGGCGCCGGCUUUCGACUGAAGAGUCUGUUUAAAAGGAGGCAGACGAAGGAAGAUGUGACAGCUCCUCUCAGGAUAUUAUUUGGUAGACGCCGCUAGAAGACUCGACUCAACCUCGUCAGUGGAGAGAAAGUUGAGGCCGUUAGGACUGAGAAUCCAUUUGUGUUCCUGUCAAGACAUUGUUUUGUCCCCAGCCAAAGGUGCCCUGUCUCCCCUUUAUUUAUUCUAGGCUUAAUUCUCCCAGCUGGUGCUGUGGGAUUUGGUUCAGCUGUCCCAGUGGGACUCACACCCAAAGACCCCCCUCGUAACAGAUGGUCUCCUGAGGACGUUCCCUUUCAGCCACUGCUGAACAUUAAACAUAACUUUUUGUUCUUUUUAUUUAUGAUAGCUAGCUGACAAAGUAUUUAAUAAAACUAUUUUUGAAAGAA